UUUCUGCAGAGAGGCUCUUGCUACAUUAGAAAUUCACUUCCCCUUCCCAUGACAAGUUAGACGACAAAAACUUCAUAAUGUAAAAACAUAAAAGACCAUAAAAAAACACGUAAAUGAUGAUCAUCAAGUGGAUGGGAGGUUUUCAUGUCGCAAAUAAGCUCUUUUUCAAACAUUUUUCCUGAUUCACAACAAACUGAAAACACCCAGAAAUGCUAUUUUAAGUAUAAUUUCCUUUAUAUUGUGAUAAAUGCUAGAAUAUGUUAAACACAAUUUUACAGUUUAAGGCAAAAAGUGUGUCGUUCACUCCGUCUUCGUAUUUUUCCAGAAUUGUUUAUUCCACAUCCUUUCUCCAGAUCACGACUUAAUUUUGUCGGCAUCAGUUAAUCAGAAACAUUUCAUUUUUUGAUAGAGGUGUAAGAAAAUAUCGAUUCAGUGAAAUAUCACCAUACUUUAUUUGGUGAUAGUUCUUUAAAUAUUGCCAAAUAUUUCCUUCCAGUCCCUUUCAAGCGAUCUACUUGUGAUUCAUUAAGUGAUAUGUUAUGUCAUGUAUUAUGACCUGAUUGAAAUAAACCAUUUCAUUCAUUUAUUGUUCUUUAUAAGAAAAAUAUCAAAGUAUAAAAGGAAAACAAUCAGAUUCUCUUCCAUGUUUGUUUUGGACGACACUUCUUCUUCUGCCACCGUCAGUAAAAAAUACUUUAGAUGCAGUGGCCUCUAGUGGUUGUGAUCAGAAACAACCGCUAAAAGAAAACCAGUGUUUAUUGGGAAAAUAACAUAAAUACGACCCUACUGAUGUCUAAAAAAAACAAAACAAAAAAAAAAAAAGUUGCUUCUGAGUAUAAGUCGCACCACUUGCUAAACUAUGAAAAAACUGCGACUUAUACUCCAGAAAAUACAGUAAUUGAUUUCUUCAAAACUGUGGUUUCUCUUUCAGUUUUAUUUCUAUCGUCUUUGUCUUUUUAUGUACCUGCGAUCAUAAGUUUGCUUCUUCCAAGUCAAUACCUGAAUACGUUUCUCUAUCAAAUACCAUGCAUUAUUAUUUAGAGCUUUAAAUGCCAAAUGAAUAAGAAUCUAUAUUUUAGUGGUUUUGGUGAAAGAAUUGUGUCGUUUCACCAGAAAGUUAGUCGAAUCCUUAAUGUUUCGAUUUGUGGACCAUGUAUAGAGAUGUGUAUCGAAUACACACCCUUAAUUUGCGAUACAUAUUGUAUCGCCGAAACACAUCCUUAGUUUUUUAUCUAAAAUGGAAACUAAUCAAGUUCAAAACUUCAUUGAACCUCCUCCAUCUCUGGGUUUUGAAAGCCUCCCUACAUUAUCCGAGGCUGGACUGAAGCCAAGUCGUAUCUGAAGCGAUUGUGCUCUGUCCCCUGCUGCAUGAGUGAGGUUUCAUGCAUUGUUCCAAUAACGGGAGUGCUGCUAGUAAACCUCUUACAGGGGAUCUAAAGGGUUAUCCAACCCUCUGCAACAAUGCUCACAGUGAUGGAGGAUCAGCCGCCCACACAUUCACACGUCCGUCUGCAAACCGGACCGGCUCCUGCCAACAUUCCUGAGUCGACCCCGCGGCUUUGUCAGAGGUCGCUCCAUCGCUGCGUGACCACACGGGCACCAACUAGAGCUCAGUUUGCAUCACUUCCCCUGGAACAGAGAGGAGGACCUACAACUGGAUCAAGACUUUGAGAAAAAAAAAACAUUACAUAUUUGUUGCUACAAGAAGAGCCCGUUUGGACUUCCUUUCCCUUCAAAGAUGGACUCUUUACCAGACGGCCCACGGGGGCGUUCAGACAGCACCGGCAGCUCCACGUCUCAGGGCUCCAGGUCCAAAACGGUCCUCCGGCAGCGCCUGUCCCAGCUGAUGACCUGCAUCGAAGACCUGAGCUCUGACGAUGAGGCCGGCGAGGAAGUGUCCCGCCGGCUGGACGAAGCCUUCCAGCUCUGUGGACGCUUCACGCCGACGGACGCGUUCAGGCUGCACAUGGUGACCUGGAACGUCGCCACAGCAGAACCUCCUGAAGACGUCACUUCACUGCUGCAUCUUGAUGCCCUUCCCCCCACAGACCUUUAUGUGAUCGGCUUGCAAGAAGUGAGAGCGACCCCAGUGAAGUUCAUGUCAGACCUGAUGUGGGAGGAUUCCUGGAGCCACCUUUUCAUGAACACACUCGCAUCUAAAGGCUUUGUGAAGGUCACUUCUGUGCGGAUGCAGGGUUUGCUUCUGCUGGUUUUUGCCAAACAGAUGCACCUCCCUUUCAUCAGAAACAUCCAGAGCACCUACAUUCGCACGGGCAUUUUCGGCUACUGGGGUAAUAAAGGAGGAGUGUCCGUGCGUUUUUCCUUCUACGGCCACAUGGUUUGUUUCCUCAACUGCCACCUUGCAGCUCACAUGGGCAACGCCCUGCAGCGUGUGGACGAGCUGGAGUACAUCCUGGAGACGCAGGAGUUCGACAUGUUUGACACGCCCAACGUCCUGGACCACAAGGUGGUUUUCUGCUUGGGGGAUCUGAACUUCCGGAUCCAAGAUCACGGCUUGCACUUUUUGCGGUCGUCCAUCAACAGUGGACGUCUCAAUCUGCUGUGGAGCAAGGACCAGCUCAUCAUGAUGAAGAAGAAGGAGCCCUUCCUGCAGGAGUUUGAAGAAGGGCCGCUUAAUUUCAAACCCACCUACAAGUUUGACUGUAAAUCUGACACCUAUGAUACCAGUGGUAAGAAAAGGAAGCCCGCCUGGACGGAUCGGAUCCUCUGGCGGGUCAAACCCAAGAGUUUACCGUCAGAGGACAUCGACGAUGAAGAUGAGAAGGCCUCCAUGUCUACAGUCAAUGAAGACGAUGAAGAUCCCAUCCUGGUAAACCAGAACACCUACACAAGUGACAUGAGCUACGGGGUCAGUGACCAUAAGCCCGUCAUCGCAACUUUCACCAUGGAGAUGAGGAAAUGCUGGGACACUCCGCUGGUGUGUUUGUCUCCUCUGGGUGUGUGGAGCGCUGACGAGAACGCCCCUCUGACCUACACCGUCCUGGAAGACUUCAUGUCAUCCACGUGGGACUGGAUCGGCCUGUAUAAGGUUGGAUUCAAGAGCGCCUCCGACUACGAGAGUUUUGUUUGGGUUCGAGAGAACGAACUUCCGGAGAUAAAUGAAGUCAUCCAGAUAUCCAUGGAUAAAGCGAAGAUCCCUUUGCUGGGAGGAGAAUUUGUCUUAGGUUAUUACAGUACUAACAUGCAAAGCAUUGUUGGCCUCAGCGCCGACUUCCAGAUCAUGGAAUCAAAGCGUACUGCCGCAGAGGGCCUCACUCCUGAGGACAUCAACGGGAUCAAGAAAUAAGAACAAAUUCUCUGAUCUACUUUAUUUUCUUUUUCUCCAGAACAUAAAUACAAUUCAGCCUAAAAAAAGCUCAAAAA